AUGUUUGACCUGAGUGCCGCCUCGUGGAACCUUGCUGCCCCGGAUGGGAGCCAGAAUGCUUCACCACCCUCCGUGGACAUUGACAAGCAGUUGCCUGAGUACAAGGCUGUGGUGGUGGGUGCGAGUGGGGUGGGCAAGAGUGCACUAACCAUUCAGCUGAACUACCAGUGUUUUGUGGAGGACCAUGACCCCACCAUCCAGGAUUCCUAUUGGAAAGAGGUGACUCUGGGUGAUGGGGGCUGCAUUCUGAAUGUGCUGGACACAGCAGGGCAGGCCACUCACAAGGCCCUGUGUGACCAGUGCCUGGAUGUUGGGGAUGGUGUAUUGGGUGUCUUUGCUCUAGAUGACCCCUCAUCCCUAACCCAGCUGCAGCAGAUGCGGGCCACUUGGGGUUCCCGCUACACCCAGCCCCUAGUCCUUGUGGGCAACAAAUGUGAUCUGGUGACCAACACAGGAGAUGCUCACGCUGCUGCGGUGGCCCUCGCGAAGAGCUGGGGGGCCCCCUUUGUGGAGACCUCAGCCAAGACACGGCAGGGUGUGGAAGAGGCCUUUGCACUGCUCAUCCAAGAGAUCCAAAGAUUCAAAGAAGCCAUGGCGAAGGAGGCUGUCAAAGGGCGUCGGGGGUCUAAGUCACGCCACCAUAAGAUUCUGUGCCGCUGUGGAUGUUCUGUCGCCUGA